CCUUUUUGCGGGCGAGAGCGCGCGGACCGCGUCGGACGUGGAGAUGACCACCUGCGGGCGGCUGGGCCGGUCGGAUGGAUGCGGUGGUCUCCCCGCAUCCCGGGGGACCCCCUCCCCAAGAGAUUGCCAUCCUCCUGGCUCCGGGGCCGCUCGGCUCUAGGAAAGCGAGCCGGAGUUGGCCAAGCCGCAGAGGGAGAAUGGGGGAGGGGGUGACCAGGGGAAGGAGGGAAAGAGAGGAGGGGGUCCUCCGAGCCGUCGCCGAGAGCCGCUGAUCACCUUUUUUUCCCGCCACUUCCCACUGCGCCUCUCGGGUGGGGGGAAGAGAUUGCGUCGAGGCGGAGGGGCAAUUGUGCGAGGCCGGAGACCCCUGCGUUUUCAGACCCGAGGACCCUCCGAGCACACCUGUAGCUGCGAGGCCAACAGCGGGCAUCCUCUAGGACCUCAUUAUUUUUCAACUUCAAGAAUAGCCCCCCCACCGGUUUCUGGUCUUAUUUUUCCUCCCCCACCUCCCUCCAAACAAUGCCUCUUUCUGACCUUUCUCAAGGAGAAGAGCGACACGGCAGCCUUCUGCGUUGAUUUCUGCCUCCUCAUCCCCCCCACCCUUUGCAUCGCUUAAUUGAGAAGGUAUACAAAUGCUCUCGGUCCAGCCAGACACGAAGCCGAAAGGUUGUGCUGGCUGCAACCGGAAAAUCAAGGACCGCUACCUUCUCAAAGCCUUGGACAAGUACUGGCAUGAGGAUUGCCUGAAGUGCGCUUGCUGUGACUGCCGUCUGGGAGAGGUGGGAUCCACUCUCUACACCAAAGCCAAUCUCAUCCUGUGUCGCCGGGACUACCUCAGGUUAUUUGGCGUGACGGGGAACUGCGCCGCCUGUAGCAAGCUGAUCCCGGCGUUCGAGAUGGUGAUGAGAGCCAAGGAUAACGUCUACCAUUUGGACUGCUUCGCCUGCCAGCUGUGUAAUCAGAGAUUUUGUGUGGGAGACAAAUUUUUCCUCAAAAACAACAUGAUCCUUUGCCAGACAGACUAUGAGGAAGGAUUAAUGAAAGAAGGAUACGGGCCUCAAGUGCGUUGAAUCCCGAAGACUCCCGGAAGACGAAACGCUCCAUCUUUUUAUCUCUCUUCGCUCUCCAUGUACAUAGGAAUUGACCCUGGUAACCACCACAUAGCAUAGCUCUAGAAGGCCGGAUGGUCAAAGGAAAUGAGAGGCGAAGGGCGUCAAUAUGUAAUCAGUUCCAUCCACUUCCGACUUGAAUGUUUAUUAUGAAAAACAAAACAACAAAAAACCCGAAAAGGGGAUGUACAUAUCGCUGUAUUUUUUUGCUUGCCCUUUGUUUUGGUUUUGUUGGUGUGUCACUAGCAUGAGAUGUUUAUUUUGGACUAUUGUACAUAUGAUGUAUUGUAAUAUCUGAAGCACAAAUGUAAUACAGUUUUAUUGUGUUAC